UGUCUUUCUUCAUCAAACACUUUAGAUCUCUCUAGCUACUUAUUCUACAAUGGGUUUCAAAGCUGUGAUGCUUCUUCUUCUUGCUGCUGCUCUUCUUUCAGUUACUACAACAAGGGCUGCAUACCCUAAUGAACAGUUCAAUGACAAGCUCAUUUCCUCCACACUACUAUUACCACCAUCACCAUCACCAGCUCCUGCAACUCCGGUCUACAAGGCUCCUCCUACGGCUGCUCCGCCACUAGUCAAGCCACCUACGCCUACUCCGCCAGUAGUCAAGCCACCUAGUACUCCAGCUCCACCGGUUUACAGGCCACCAACUCCAGCACCACCAGUUGUGAAACCGCCCAUUACUCCAGCACCUCCAGUUUACAAGCCACCAACUCCAGCUCCACCGGUGGUGAAACCGCCCACUACUCCAGCACCACCAGUUUACAAGCCACCAACUCCUGCCCCACCAGUAGUGAAACCACCCAGUACUCCAGCUCCACCAGUUUACAAGCCACCACCUCCCGGUGCACCACUUCCACCAGUCAGAACAAGAGCAGAUUGCAUCCCAUUAUGUGCAGAGAGGUGCAAAUUACACUCAAGAAAAAACGUUUGUCAAAGAGUUUGCAUGACUUGCUGCAGCAAAUGCAAAUGUGUGCCGCCCGGAACUUACGGUAACCGGGAGAAAUGCGGAACGUGCUACACCGGCAUGACGACUCGUAACAACAAGCCGAAGUGCCCUUGAAACAUUGAUCGGAAUACAAAAUAUUAAGCUUAAUUAUAUAGAUGUAAUGAAUGUUAUUGGCGAUGUUAGGUGAAUGGGUUGCGAGUUUAAUAAGUGUUUGAAUAGUGUGUCUGUUUCUGUGUGGCAUUAAGAGUGGUGCAGGCAUAUUAAUAGGGCAAUCAGUGUUCUCAAAGUGAUCAUGUUUCCUGCAUUUUUAAUUGCUGAUUGCAGAUAUUAAUAUAUGUUCUUGUUUUGGGUAUUUAAAUAUUAAUACAAACAAUUUCACCUUUUUUUUUCUUGCUAAA